AUGACGAAAAGCUCUGCCUGGGGUGGCGCGCUAGCGUUCGUACGUUGGCAGCACACCCGCCGCAGCUACGACGGCGACGCUUCGUUGCUGCAUACGGGGGUUUCGCUACUCCAGCCCGAUGCUGACCUCCGGUUCGGUCCGCAAAGCGCGCUGGUCCGUGCCGAGCGUGCUUUCAAUCUACCGAGACAGCGCAUUGUGUCCGAAGCGCUCCAGUUUGCAGUGUUUCUCAUCACGAAAUCCAAGCACGAGGACGGGAGCCGCCUGGAGCAGACGCGUCUGGUGCUGCAGCUACUGCAACUGGCACUCAACGCGUUCGUUGUCAAUGGGGACGCAGAGCUCGCGACGUUGUCGCUGAAUUCGUGCAAUUUGAUGCUGUCUGCACUGGCCGAGACGCUUGAGAAGGAGCAACAGGAGUACGAGACAUUGCAGACAGUCAAGGCUGUGCUUUUCUAUCUCUUUAGAUUACCGGAUGAUCUCUCGGAAGCUGCGUCAGCCACGUUUCAGAUGUACCGCCCUCCGACCAACGUGUUUGCCGAGUUUUUGAGGAGGACCUUAACUGCUUCAUUCAAGUCGAUGAUGAUGUACCCUCAAAAGAUUAGCAGUGAUGAGAAGAAGAGUGCAGAUCAAGAGAAAGUGUACGUGGACCUGAUGCAUGCGGCGUUGUUUGUGUUCCAAGAGCUCCAGAAGACGCAGACGAACAAGAAGAAGGUCUUCUUGGCCAUUGCCAAGAUGUCAUUAAGAGAUUUUGUAGAAUUUCGGUACUCUUUGGUUCUACUUGAAAAAAGAGGAGUGGCCGGCGUUGAUGCUGUAAGGGCGCUACUGGAUCACGUGGUAACAGAUGCACUCUUUGAUGCCGAAUACAUUUGUCAGUUUGAUGGCGCUAUGGUACACGCCGCCAUUUGGCAUACAGGAUGUGAACGCAAAGAUGCUGCACAGGAGGAGCUGAAUGACAAGAAAACAAAAAAGCGACGGAAAGCAGCAGAAGGCGCAAAGUCAGUGUCUGGGUUGGUGUCCUACCAGAAGACUCUGUUUGAUGAAUUACUGCGCUUACUGACUGAUCGGCAAGUACAAUCGGAGCUCAAGAUGUCGCUUGGUGGCUUCUUUAAGAUGCUUGUGCGUGCUUUCGCUACUCGUAUCCGUACAGCUGCCAACUCAAAAAUUGAAGACGCAAAAACAGAUCUGAAGACAAGUCGAAAGCGCGCAGCUAUCGUCAUUGCUUCUACGUCGACGACGCAUUCUCCAUUUAAGUUCUGGUCAGAGUUGUGUGCAGUGGUGUAUACCGCAUUUCAGCAGGAGGUGCAAAGUGACGAUUCUUUGCUGGUGCUCGUGACACUGUACGACGCGUUGUUUCGAGCGCUGUGCGAAAGCGACGUUUAUCGUGUGACAGAAGAUACGCGAGAGCACGAGCAAUUCCGAACGAUGGAGCUCGUGCUUUCGUCUUUUUUGGGGGUGCUCGAUGCAAAAAAUGGCGAUCAAACUUAUCCAAAUGGCGAAUGUGCUUUGGGGGAAUGUAAGGUUAUUUCUAGUGCAGUGCAGUGCUCACCCAACCUUGCGAAUUGUUGUCUAGUUCCCAUUUUUACGUUACUCGGAGUCAAGGCUAGUGGAAGCGGUGCCACGAUCGACAAUGGAGAUGGAAAGGGUGCGGUCACUGUAGCAGCUAGCCAUGCUAUUAUUGAGCUAAUUCAUGCAUACGAUUCCAUGCGUAAGUUGGAUGCAUUCCUGCAUGCUGCUUUUGCAAUCCAGCAAGGUCAUAAAGGCUUGUACGAGCUCUUUGCGCUUCCGUCGUGCAAACUCGCUUUUCGUAAAGCGUUUGUGGCUCUGCCUCCUGGUCAACUGGCCAUAAUAUGGAAACUUCUCGUGAAGCAAAUCGCGUCGUUUGCAAGAAGCAGCGACGAUAUCCACAGUGUCCGCGGGGUUGCGAUUGCGCGCUUAGUCUUUCAGAUUUUCGUUCAGGAAGUUCAAGUGGUACCUCAGAAUCGCCCUACAGUGUUAGAGCUCGUAUCCCAUUCCUAUCAACAUUUGCUAUCUUGUCUUGCAAACGGAUUGGCACAUGCGAUGGGCCUAUUUACGGCGUACCAGCGGGAAUUGUUCUGCAUAUUUGGAGAGUUGUUGAUGUACGACUCUGUACUUGAUGCUUCCACGCGCAAGCAAACGUUUGAUCAGAUCUUCGACAAGCUAGAGGGUGAUCGAUUUGGCAAAGCAAUGGAACAACUAUUGUGCACGUUUUCGUCAAGAACAGUCGAAAUGAACAAGAAAGGCAGUGAAUGGAAGUCUGAUGACAGUGAAGCGAUGAGCCUGAGCAUCGGUCACGGUCUUGGUGCUGCUGGGAUCGUCAAACUCUGUGCGUACUGGCUGCGGAAUAUAGGCGCUUCGAGUGGAGUAGCAGAAGACAAAGGCAAGGUCUCUCGCGAGGGACGGGAGAAGGUGGCCCAUUUGGUUAUCGAGCAUGUCGUCAACUGGAAAUGCUGGGAGGCAGUGAGUUUUCAUUUGCCUGAGCUAAUGGCCAGCGCGAGUCGCGAUGGUUGUGGAUCUUUUUUUCGUGAGAUACUGAGUGCGUAUAUCAGUGAAGCCGUAUCGGGGGAAGAAAAAGCUUCGGCCAAGCUGAUCAUUCGUGACGCAGGAUUCUAUGAGAUCCCGAGCAUCAGGGAUGUCGCUCCGGACUCGUUGACUGCGGUGGCAAAAGGCUUCGUGGACCAAGUUCAGCACAAGUCUGUGGCGACUUUGAGCUCAGCGCGUCAUUUUUUCAGCUUCUUGCUCGAAGUUCCAUCAGCUUAUCUGAAGCCUCGGGAAUGUGGAGAGCUACUGGUGACUGCUCUCACUCUGUACCGCGCGAUCGUUGCGUCCGCGAACUAUACUAGUUGCAAAGUAGAGGUCUGUCGGACUGUGCUGGCAUGGAUUCAGCUGCACUUCAAGGUCAUUAGUAUUGAGGCACAUAAGUCGCAGAAGACUUGUCCAAAGUAUAACGAGCAGCUUCAAAGCGGGGCAUCCUUUAUUAUCUCACGGAUCGCGGUAGACGACAUUGUCAGUGUGGCGCUGGUUGCCAAAAUGCUUGGAACUUAUUUGGACAUGGGCGCCAGCGCUUUCGUUGGAGGACUGCUUCACAGCAUUCUGGGCACCGAGACUGUCGAGGCAAAAUGCGCAGACAAAGUGACAGGAAAAGUGAAGCGCGCGGUCAUGGUUGUGCAAGCUCUGGCUGCUUGCCGAACCUCGCUGCAGGUUUCGAAGAAUGAGAAAGAGUUUAUCGAACGAGUUGUCGAUAUCAUCGCUCGCGAGAAGGUGUGCGAAUCGACACGCAGUCCAUUGGCGUUCGAAGCGCUAGCUGCUCUACUUCGGUACGAGUCGGUGCUGCAUAAAGUAGCUCGACAUGAUAAAAGAAAUGGGAAGGCGAUGACAGUCGGGAGUCCAGCAUUGCAAUUGCUCGUGAAGCAUGUUGGGCGUGCUUUAGCAUCUUCAAUGAAGCUUAUUAGUGAAUUCGCGGAUGAUAUAAAGCUUCAAGAUGCAGCUUUGGUGUUUUUUGCUGGAUUUUGUGAAGAGUACGCGUCUUUUCGCACGUUUGCGACACCUUUGAAGACGUAUGGAUGUAUGUUGGCAGUGUCUCUUUCGCUUGUGUCACGUGAGACCGCCAUUUUGCCUAGGCACGAGAACACGAAAGUGCUGGCGUUGCAAGCGGUGGUGGCCAACGCAAACAGGGAUGAAUUUCGUCUGCUACUUUCGACUCUUGUACAAGAGCUUGCUGCACGUGAACGCCAACGAAAGCUAGGCGCACUUCGUGCGCUGUGCUUGCUCCUAGGCGGGGAACGAAAAUUUAGCGCGUCACGACGGCUGUCUCUGAUUGAGUAUAAAGAAUCAAUUGUUGAAGCCUUGCUCCAGGACUUUGCUGUCCAGUCAUUGCCCGCUGAAGCCGGGCCGUCUGCUGUUUUCCAGAGCGCCAGUGCCCUUCGUGUGUGGAACUUGAAGACCUUCGUACUUGUGUUCUCUAAGGCAGGCCUUUAUACGUGGAAAGCUCAUGAGCUGCAACAUGUCUUCACGGGCUUUCAACCACUGUUAACAGCGGUAUCGAGCUGGCAAGCUGGAGCCAAUACAUAUCAGCCCGACGAACUGCAUGAGUUGUGGACGCUCUCGUACACCCUGCUGUUGCGUAUCGUGCGAACUCAUUUCGCGACUUUAGUCAACAGUAUUCAACAACUUGUCCAAGCAGCGAACGCACUUCUUCAGAUGUUAGUGUUGACCUCAGCGCACUCUGAGUAUUCGGUCUGUUGCUCGGAGUGGAGCUCAAAUUUGGCGCGUUUGUACGGGUACAUGAAAGAGCACGAUGUUCAGUUGCGUAAAUAUGUCAUCUACCUCUUGAUGGCAAUCCUUGUGGGCGUAUCCCGGGACAAGCUAGCCGUUCGUUUUCAGCACAAGUUGCGCCCCGGUGUGUUUGCACUGCUGGACGUUUGUUCGUCUUAUGAAAAAGACCAGCUAUUUGGGGCGUUAGACUCAGCCGGCAAGUCGUUGCUCAAGACUUUGGACACGAACUACAAGCUCACGCAUCGUUACGUGGGUAAGGUCUAG